UAGAUAAGGUUUUGAAAGCUCAAGAAUAAUGACACCUUACCUGGUACUAUGAUCGCGUGAAUCAGCAAUGCAAACAAGCUACAUGGUCCCCUCAUAUGAUUUAUAACCAAUGCUUAUACAGAGGGGACUGCCAAGAGCCGGAUGCUCGAUUUUUUACUCGUUUUUUAAGGGUGAUAAAAAGCCUUAUCAGCAAGAUGUAUUAGGUUAGACGGCGUAACUUGGUAGGAGGAGAAGUACAUAAGUCUACGCGAGGAGUCGGAGCAACGCCAGCGAUUUUGUGCAACAGUUCAAAGAACAUUAAGGAUCCUGGAAAAAAGUGUGAAAAAGUUAAUGAAGACAGGUUCUCGCAAUGAACUCAAGUGAUAUCGCUGAAUGCUAUCUUUGGCAAAACAAUGCGACUUUUGAUGCCACAGAGGAGCUGCAGUAUCAGAUAAGUACGUGGCUUAACAAGACUGUGCCACCGAUUUUGCUGAUAAUCGGCACACUUGGCAAUAUCCUGUCUUAUCUGGUUUUACGACGCCCCUUCAUGCGGAGGACGUGGAUAGGUUUCUUUUUACGAGCGUUAGCCGUGACCGACACCUUUGCACUUUGGCUGGGACUAUCUCGUCACAUGAUCAGAGUGUAUGGUUAUUUCGAUAUACGAGAAGCGCAUGCUGCUGUGUGUAAACUACAUCGGUUUACUUUGUACUUCUUCCUGGAUAUGUCAACUUGGCUGCUCGUUGGAUUAACAGUAGGGCGGUACAUUUCAACAUGCCAUAUUUUACAAUCCUACAGACUGUGCUCAACCAAAAGAGCUCGAAUUGCGUUAGCGGUGAUCGUCGGAUGCGUUUUUGCUAAGAACGCACACGUGCUGGUUACCGUUGACAUAAACGUUGACGCAUUAACGGGUGAACGCCAUUGCAACCAUUAUUGCGACUCCGACCAUCAUAAUUUUUGGAAGUAUAUCUACCCGUGGAUAACUUUUUGUGUGUACGCCGCCGGCCCGUUCGCUGUCAUGAUUGUUCUAAAUAUAUUGAUUGUUCGUUCACUGCGGAGAUCGACGCGAUUCCAACUUCGCUCUACUCGCAAUUCGGCCUAUUACCAAAACAAUAAUGAUCCCCCAUCCACUUCGCCCCUUAGUGUAAAUUCCUUCAAUAACAACAAUCACCCACUGGAAGUGACAGAUGAUACAACUUCAGGAUCGCAACCUGCAAGGAUUGCUGAGUCGCCUAGAAAGGGACAUUUUAGGCGCCAUUCAAGACCAACCCAAAUGGACAACAUAGCAGAUGACCACAACUCAGCGACACAUAAAUCGCCAGCCCAAGAACAAAAUCGUGAGACAGAAAGACUCUCUCGUCAAGGUUCCAACAUAGUGAGACAAAGGAGGGGCGUUAACAGUAACCAGCAUGCUUUCGCAUCUAGAUCCAUCACAGUGAUGUUAUUUGUUGUGACCAUUAUUUUUUUGAUCUUGGCGACGCCGAGUUUUAUCAACCUUAUCAUAGAACCAUACCAACACAUUAACAGCUCACGCCAGAAAGCAACACAGCGAUUAACUUCGACGAUCGUUUUGAUGCUCAACUAUUCGAACCACACGAUUAACUUCUUGCUCUACUGUGUUAGCGGAAGGAGAUUCCGAAACGAAUUCCUUCGAAUGCUUAGACGUAAUGCCGGCCGGAGGUUCGAAUCGAAUUUUGGAAGCAGCCGUGGGAGUAUUAGUCAGUCGCAAGUUAUCCCAGACCCAGCUGCUACAAGAAAUGAAAACGGACGUGAGAGAAAUCAGGAAAAUGCUGUCACUGCAGAAACGCGUUUCUGAACUAAGCUUUGAAUCCAGACACUGGAUGGCAAGGUUUUUCUAAUCGACUCAACAUCUAUGCAAGAUUGACUGGCCAUUCGAACGAAGUCCAAACGUUGUCUGUACUUAUCUUGUUUGGGGCCUACUUCACCACGGUAAAAUAUUUUUACGACCUACAGUGAUAGCCAAUUGCGUAAAUUUGUAAUCGAACAUGUUACAGAAUAAACUUGCAUAAUAUGCUUUUCCGCUUGUUCGUGACCCAUGCACAGAAAUAUGUGAAUUUGAAAAGUACUUCACAAGAAGGAAGAAUUCUGUAAACGCAAAAUUUAAAAAUACGCAUAAACGCAAAUGUGUCGAAUUGAUAAAACCAGGUAUCAGAAAAAGAAAAGACAUUAUUUUUUCGACAAUCACCGUUGUACACAUACAUGUAGAAUUGAACAGAAAAAUUUUUAAAAUGCUUAGUUGUAUAAUCACUUAGGAGUAUGUAGAUAGCUGAAAACGAGGUCUUCACGAGGAGAUGUGUCACUGCAUCUUAUUAAAACGCUCAAUCGGUGUUGGGUAUGUAGCUCAUGUUUUACCCAAUUUAAGCCGAUUAUAGCAAUCUCAAUAAUAAAUAGGACUAGUUUGUUUUUCGCUAGCUUAGCUGAGCCGUUAAAGGCUUACCCUGUCACUGUGGGAAAGCACUGUCUUGUGCUGUAUAAUCUGUUCAGAUCAAUAUUUUUUUAAAUUAACAUUCAUAUUCGUUUAUUCAAUGUUUCUCCAGUAUACAUGCAAAGUGGCUUUAAAAAUGUAGCUUUUAACUUCCAUCAUUAGAUCUGAGUAUUCCAUUUUUUAGACUUGAAUACAACUUUUCUCGCAUUAUAAUCAAAGUAGCAAAGAUACGAGAG